AUGGCGGACCGGCCUCACCACGCCCAGCGGGCGCCCUCGACAGACGCCUUCGAUGCGACGGCUCUUACGAAGCAAUUCGAGCAGCUGAUCCUCACCAAGAGGUUCGACAAUCUCCAGAAACAGUGCCGAUCUCGCUCCCGCACCUCCUCUCCGUCUCCCUCUCAAUCUUCAUCCUCGUAUCCGGCGUCCCCCGGACGACCUUCACCAUGCCCUUCCUACCAGUCGUCCCAGCGCUCCUCUAGGCUCAGAAGUUUGCCAAUUGUACCCAUGCCUCCGCAGGAUCCCGCCUCCAUGAAAUUCCGCAACCUACUCCACGGCCUGUCUGUCACCCCGACCAAGUACGAGAACCCGGGAUUGCUCGACGAGGCUUUGACGGUGAUCCCUCUCGACCGGCUAUAUUCUGAGGCGGAAGAGGAAUGUCAGAUCUUCCAGGCACAAGCGGCCAGUGUAGGAAAGAAACCAGAGUGGGGCUACCAGGAUUGUGUCAUUCGAGCACUCCUCAAGUGGUUCAAACGGUCUUUCUUCACUUUCGUUAACAACCCGCCGUGCUCGCGAUGUUUCAUGCCCACCAUUGCCCACGGCAUGGCUCCCCCGACGCCCGAUGAGACCGCCCGCGGCGCCACGCGAGUCGAGCUGUAUCGAUGUUCGGAGCCUUCCUGCGGCGCUUUUGAACGAUUUCCACGGUAUUCGGAUGUCUGGCAGUUGCUGCAAACUCGACGGGGCCGUGUGGGCGAGUGGGCCAACUGCUUCACCAUGCUGUGUCGCGCCCUGGGAAGUCGGGUCCGAUGGGUUUGGAACUCGGAGGACUACGUGUGGACGGAAGUCUAUUCGGAGCAUCAGAAGAGAUGGGUGCAUGUGGAUGCCUGCGAAGAGGCCUGGGACCAGCCCCGGCUCUACACGGAAGGAUGGGGUCGAAAACUGGCAUACUGCAUCGCUUUCUCCAUCGAUGGUGCCACGGAUGUGACGAGACGAUAUGUUCGGAGCCCGGCGAAGCAUGGCGCUCAUCGGACGCGAGCCCCGGAAGAAGUGCUCUUGUGGGUGAUCUACGAGAUCCGGAAAAUGCGCCGGGAGAAAUUGUCGCCGAGCGAGCGGCGACGGCUCAUGAAAGAGGACGAGCGGGAAGAGAGAGAACUUCGAGCUUUUACGGCCGCGGCCCUGGCGGCCGAGAUCAACGCGCUCUUCCCUCCGCGACGUUCAACCCGACCGGACGAGCAAAAGACCCCCGUAUCGCGGGAAGAAGCCGCGGCGGAGUGGCUCCGCACGAGGCAGUCGGGCGGUACGGGGCAAUCGGGGCCUGAUCGACCGGGCGAAGGUCGAUAA